GAGAGGGGCACGGGCGAGGCCCAGCGCGACGGCCGUUGUGAACGCUGUGGCCGCGAGCCAAGCCUGUACUGCACAGAGCACGGGGGUGCGACCUGCGCCUUUCCCGGGGCCGAGGCCACGCGCAUCCUCGAGACGAGCCGCAACCCCACGUAGUGAGUCCUAAGGCAAGCCCUCUGGACCCGGAGCUCCGUAGGCCACGCCUGGGCCUGGGAAGAUGGAGGAGGACCAGCGGUCUGGCCCACCUGCCCAGGGCCUGCUCCCCGAUGGCCACUUAGUCCUAUGGACGCUGUGCUCCGUGCUGUUGCCGGUGUUCAUCACCUUGUGGUGUAGCCUGCAGCGUUCGCGCAGACAGCUGCACCGCAGGGACAUCUUCCGUAAGAGCAAGCAUUGCUGGCGUGACACCGACCUGUUCAGCCACCCCACUUACUGCUGCGUGUGCGCGCAGCACAUCCUGCAAGGGGCCUUCUGCGACUGCUGUGGACUCCGCGUGGACGAGGGCUGUCUCAAGAAAGUCGACAAGCGCUUCCCAUGCAAGGAGAUCAUGCUCAAGAACGACAGCAAGGCCGCAGAUGCCAUGCCCCACCACUGGAUCCGCGGCAACGUCCCCCUGUGCACUUACUGUGUAAUCUGCAAGCAGCAGUGUGGCAGCCAGCCCAAACUCUGCGAUUACAGGUGCAUUUGGUGCCAGAAGACAGUCCACGAUGAGUGCAUGAGAAGCAGCUUAAAGAGUGAAAAGUGCGAUUUUGGAGAAUUCAAGAAUCUCAUCAUCCCGCCAAGCUAUUUAACGUCUAUUAACCAGAUGCGUAAAGACAAAAACACAAAUUAUGAAGUGCUUGCUUCUAAGUUUGGAAAGCACUGGACCCCAUUAAUAAUCCUGGCCAACUCUCGUAGUGGAACUAACAUGGGAGAAGGUCUGCUGGGAGAGUUUAAGAUCCUGUUAAAUCCAGUCCAGGUGUUUGAUGUCACUAAAACUCCCCCGAUCAAAGCUCUGCAGCUGUGCACUCUUCUUCCUUACUACUCAGUUCGAGUCCUUGUUUGUGGAGGGGACGGGACUGUGGGUUGGGUCCUCGAUGCAAUUGAUGAAAUGAAGAUUAAGGGACAAGAAAAAUACAUUCCAGAGGUUGCAGUCUUACCUCUGGGAACAGGCAACGAUCUGUCCAACACCCUGGGUUGGGGUACAGGCUAUGCUGGAGAAAUCCCGGUUGCACAGGUCUUAAGAAAUGUAAUGGAAGCAGACAGAAUCAAACUAGACAGAUGGAAAGUACAGGUAACAAAUAAAGGAUACUACAAUUUAAGAAAACCCAAGGAGUUCACAAUGAACAACUACUUCUCUAUUGGACCCGAUGCCCUCAUGGCUCUCAACUUCCAUGCUCAUCGAGAGAAGGCACCAUCUCUGUUUUCCAGUCGAAUCCUUAACAAGGCUGUUUAUUUAUUCUAUGGAACUAAAGAUUGUUUAGUACAAGAGUGUAAAGACUUGAAUAAAAAAAUUGAGCUAGAGCUGGAUGGUGAGCGAGUUGAACUGCCUAGUUUGGAGGGCAUUAUUGUUCUGAACAUUGGAUACUGGGGCGGUGGCUGCCGGCUGUGGGAAGGAAUGGGAGAUGAGACUUAUCCUCUGGCCAGACAUGAUGAUGGCUUACUGGAAAUCGUUGGAGUAUACGGGUCUUUCCACUGUGCUCAAAUCCAGGUGAAACUGGCAAAUCCUUUUCGAAUAGGACAAGCACACACAGUGCGGCUGACUUUGAAGUGCUCCAUGAUGCCGAUGCAGGUGGAUGGGGAGCCGUGGGCCCAAGGGCCCUGUACUGUCACCAUAACACACAAGACACACGCACUGAUGCUAUACUUCUCUGGAGAACAGUCAGAUGAUGACAUCUCAAGCCCUUCAGAUCACGAGGACUUAAAGGAAGCCGAGUAGAAGGACGAGAUGAGACAGCAUCUGUGACAUGUCAUCCAUUGGAUGCACUGCUGGCACUGCAGCCGUCAUGCCAUCCCUAGUAUCAUGUGUAUGAGCCACAUAACCAGCAUUUCCAUAACUAGACUUCAGUGUUACAGACUCACCUGUCAGCAACACGCUCUGAUCAUUUGUCACUAACUGAAAAAAAAAAAAAAACACAGAAAGGUCCACGAAGACGAAGUGCUCCUCCUGGCUGGACGCCUUAUGACUGGCCUCACAGCGUUAUGCACUGCCCUGGUGGACAGGGUGUGGAUGGAAAGGUCAUUCCCUUAGCUCUUAAUAUGGUGACCGCACAUUAACCACUAGUUAGCUUGCUUUUUGAACUGCCAUGGUUAACAUGGGCCUCCUCCUGCAGUCUGCUUCGUAAGAUGGCUCACACUGCAAACCAAAUGAACCCUACAGUCUGAUUUCUAGGAGCACCUGAGAAGAAAAGUGAAAGAAAAAUGGCGCUUAAAAUUCUCACAGAAGUAUAUUUCCUGUUAGGCUUCCAGGUGUAUCAUGACCAUGUUGAACUGAACUGCAGUCUUUUUUUCAAGUUGUUUUUGUUUGGGCAGAACUGGGGAUUGAACCUUGGUCCUCUGGAAGUCUAGAUGAGUGCUCUGUCAUUGAACUACACUCCGGCACUAGUGUGUGUAUGUACACACACACACAUACAUAUAUAUAUAUAUAUGUAUGUAUGUAUGUAUACACAACUAGACAGGUCUAAAGGAAGGUUUAGAAAACUUUGGAUUGGAAGCUCUACAGUUCUCCAGCUUUUCUUUAGACUAAAAGAUAUUGUUGACUGGAAAAAAUAUACACGUAAGGGAAGCUUCCAAGUAGAUUAGUCACUCAAAAAAAUCCCAGGCUGACUGCCUUCAAGUUGAGUGGUCUUGUGUUGUGAAACGCUGCAGGACUGUUGACAGCAUAGCCCUCGGAGAGGGAAGCUCUGCUAAGAUGUCUAUAUCAUAUUUAUUUCAAAAUGAGAAAGAUAUUUUUAACUUACUGUUUACCUUGUGGCAUGAUGCUCCUGUUUAGCAUUUACACUGUAUUGUACAGCUUUAUUUAGUAAAGUGAUCACAUAAAUCUGCUGGUCACAGCCAUAUAGAACUCUCUCUUGGUUCCGUGGCAUAUAUACUGUGCUCAUUCCUCAGACCUUAAAAGGGAGGGCACAUGAUGGGAACUUGGGGUUGCAAGCUUUGUUUCUUUCAUUGUCCCUCUACCCUCUGUCCCUAAGUACUUAUUGAAAGCAGGUCCAUGGCUCUCCAUUAGAGGGCGCUCUUAUGCUGCUGUCCAUGGCCUGCCUCUACAGUUAGGCACACUGGUGGGCAUCUAGCUCUGUGUGUUUCUGACAAAUGGCAUGUUUGCGCUUGGUGGUCUUGCGUGAAUUAAUUUCUGAAAGACUAGACUCUAUUCCCAGAACCACCAUUUAUCUCCCGUUUAAUAGUUUAUUAUGAAACUACAGUCAGUGAAUUGCCAUAAACUUCAAUUUUAGUCACCUCAGGCCUAGACCACGUCUUUGAAAGGACAACUUAGUAACUAAAAUGUUAAUGAGUACAUUAUCUAAAGUAAUUUUACUCUGCUAAAUUAACCUCUUCCACCUGUUCCUGGGUAAGGCCAAAUUCUACCAUCGAAAGAGGGUCCACAGGUUUGUAACAAUGUAGGCCUUCACACUGGAGAGCUGCAGCAGAGGUUUGAGAUAGCUGUGAAAGUUUGCAGCUCAUGAACUGAUCUGUCUGGAGUGUAAUGAAAUUCACCCUUAGAUUCAUGGUCAGAAUUGUUAGAGUUACCCUCUGAGGCAUACUGUUAAAUUUAUUAUGGAUGUAGCUUAUAUACCUGUAAUUCAUAAUGCUCUAUUUGUGGUAAAAUGACUUAUUAAUUCUGGGCUAUCAGUCAAAAUAGUUAAGGUAGCUACUGAGAUACUCCAGGUAGAGCAGGCUUGUGUCCCCUUGCCACGACACGACACACCAUGGUGUCUUUCUGAUGCCUUACUCAGAUUCCAUUAUGUAACUUCCACAAUACUGUAUCUCAGACAUACCAGUAUUUUAUCCUCUACAGCUCACUACUUAUCCAGCAUUCCAGAUCAAUGAGUAGACGUGUGUGUGCCUUGUUUGAAUACAAUUUGUAGUACUUAGUGUUUGCAGGUUAUAUAUUAGAUGGUGAAAGCUUAUUACCAGGCCUCUAUACUUCACAAGAUGAUUCACUGGGAGAUCCCUCUAUUCCAUUCAAAGUUGUCUCCAUAGCAACACAACUUAACACAUUCUCAGGAAAAACUAUGAACCAUUUCUUUGUCUGUUCCCACAUCUUUUUUUUCUGCUCUUAUACAUUCCUCACCCUCAUGAACUGAGUGGCUUAAACUCCAAACAGAUCCUUAGACAGUUCUCAGUGCUUUGUAUAGAAGAGAGUCAGAGGCACUUCUGUCUCAGAGUAGAUGUUGUCCAGUAGUAAGGUAACUGAAUUUAAACAUUUUAGACUUUCUGCAACUUAGCUGUGAACUUGGAAUGUAGCUGAUAUUUAUAAAAAUUUUAUAAUGAAAACUAUUUAUUUUAUUUUUUUAGAGUAUGGAAAUCUGUAGCAAUUGCCUUUUUAGUGUUUGUGUGCCUGGUUGUAACAUAGGCUGACUCAGAAAAGUUCUUUUCGUGCUGUAUAAAUUUAGUACUUCUGCCAGCAUGUCAGAAAGCAAUUUUUAUCUGUAACAUAAAGUAAAAUAUUUCUAAUGUA